AACUUUUCAAAGAGAAGGGAAAAAAAUAAUAAAAAUAAAAAAUAAAAAAAAAUAAGAAAAAGAAAAAGGCAGAGGAGAGUGGGAUGGGGUAUGAGAAUGAUGAACACCAAGUGGUGGUAUUCUUGAGUCCUCAUUCUUCCUUCUAAACUCAGAUUCUUGGGUGUUGUGCAUUUUUUUUCUCUCUCUUUCUUUCUCUCUCUGUCUCUGUGUCUCUCCUAGGGUUUCACAUCGCUGAUGUUACUUCUGAUGCAAACCUGUUGCUCUGGAAUUCUCAAGAACAUAUGCAUUGGAUCCCUUGGAUCAAUGAUGGAUCAGUAUCUGCAGUGUCAAUUGCAUAAUGCAAUAAGUUCAUGACAAUUUCUAUGCCCUUCAGUAGUUUGUGGAAUAAAAUGGACAUUUAGAAAGAGCUGAUUCACAAGGUAUUAUAUUAGUAGAGUGAAAAAGAUGGAGGUGGUGAGGCGUUGGUUGAAUAAGUUCAAGUCAAAAGAGAAGGUGAGGUCGUCGAAGAACAAGGAAACUACAGGAAAUGGAAAAGAGGUGUCAAAAGCACCAGCAAGUGAGGAAGUGCCUUCAAAUGUAACCAAGCAGAAGGUUGCAGCUGCAAAGCAAUAUAUAGAAAACCAUUAUAAGAAGCAGAUGAAAAGUUUGCAGGAGAGGAAGGAGAGACGCAAUGUACUGGAAAAGAAGUUGGCUGAUGCUGAGGUCUCUGAAGAAGAGCAGAACAAUUUGCUCAAGUAUUUGGAGAAGAAGGAAACAGAAUAUAUGCGUCUUCAAAGGCAUAAAAUGGGUGCAGAUGACUUUGAGCCUUUAACAAUGAUAGGGAAGGGUGCAUUUGGAGAGGUUAGAGUCUGCAGGGAGAAAGCAACUGGUCAUGUAUAUGCAAUGAAGAAGCUAAAGAAAUCAGAGAUGCUUCGCAGAGGCCAGGUUGAGCAUGUGAAAGCUGAGAGGAACCUACUUGCAGAGGUUGACAGCAAUUGCAUUGUUAAGCUUUAUUGCUCCUUCCAAGAUGAGGAAUAUCUAUAUCUUAUUAUGGAAUAUCUUCCUGGUGGAGAUAUGAUGACUUUACUGAUGCGGAAGGAUACUCUGACUGAAGAUGAGGCUAGGUUUUAUGUUGGGGAAACUGUCCUAGCUAUUGAGUCAAUUCAUAAACAUAACUAUAUUCAUAGGGAUAUCAAACCUGAUAACUUGCUGCUUGACAAGAAUGGUCAUAUGAAACUAUCGGAUUUUGGGUUAUGUAAGCCACUAGACUGCAGUAAUCUCCAAGAAAAGGACUUCACUCUGGCGAACAAUCUUAGUGGGGCUCUUCAGAGUGAUGGACGCCCUGUGGUACCAAAACGCACACAACAGGAGCAACUGCAGCAUUGGCAGAGGAACAGGAGAAUGCUUGCUUAUUCUACUGUUGGAACCCCAGACUACAUUGCCCCAGAAGUUUUGCUAAAGAAAGGAUAUGGAAUGGAAUGUGAUUGGUGGUCUCUUGGGGCUAUCAUGUAUGAAAUGCUUGUGGGAUAUCCACCAUUCUAUUCAGAUGAACCCAUGUCAACUUGUAGGAAGAUAGUUAAUUGGAGAACCCAUUUGAAAUUCCCAGAAGAAGCAAAACUUUCUCCAGAAGCAAAGGACCUUAUUAGUAGACUCUUAUGUAAUGUUGAGCAAAGGCUUGGAACAAAAGGGGCAGAUGAAAUUAAGGCUCAUCCAUGGUUUAAAGGCAUCGAUUGGGAUAAGUUGUAUCAGAUGAAAGCUGCAUUUAUUCCUGAGGUUAAUGAUGAAUUGGAUACUCAGAAUUUUGAAAAGUUUGAGGAGGCUGACAAUGAAAUUCAAACUUCAUCAAAAGCAGGCCCAUGGAGAAAGAUGCUGUCAUCAAAGGACAUCAACUUUGUGGGUUACACGUACAAAAACUUUGAAAUUGUAAAUGAUCAUCAAUUACCUGGGAUAGCUGAGUUGAAGAAAAAAAGCACAAAAACUAAGAGGCCUUCCAUCAAAUCCCUCUUUGAUGACGAAUCUGCAAAGGCUGCUAGUCAACCUGUUCAAGGGAGCUUCUUGGGGAUGCUCCCCCCGCAAUUAGAAGUCCCUGAGAAACAGAAUGAAUCGAAAUGAAGUGCAUAUUUUGUUGUUUUCCUUUUUUGUUGAUAAACAUCAUAUGGCCACCAACAGAGGAUCCAACCAAAGAUUACAUCAUGAUUAGCUUUAUGCUAGAGUUGAAAGUUUUAGGGGCAAAGGUCCCGAAAACUGGGUCGGUUGGUAUAUUAGUUAGCACUUGGCUCAGGUUUGAUGGGAUUUUUUUUUUUUUUUUUUUAAAUGCCAAAUAUUUUGCUUUUUUCGAGUAUAUAUUCUUUGAAAUAGUUGUGUAUUCUUUUUACUCCACUUUGUUCAAAGUGCAAAAAUUGUAUGCAUUAGCCGCAUAAUUGUUCAUGUAUUCUAACUCGUUUUUAUGCUAAAUGUACCAAUUAAAAUGAUAUAUAUUGGAAAGGUUUGUAAUUCGUAUAACUGCCUUUUCCUUUUUCC